AUGUCUUACAUGGAUCGAAUUAAUCAAUGUUCGCAUAUAGUUAGUUGCGCUUUGAGCGAGAAUUUUUCGAGCGAAUCAAGUUACAUUCGGUAUGGGAAUUCCAUUCAAAAUUCACCGACAACAAAUCAGCAAGCAUCGCAAUGUGACGUUUGGUAUGAGUUCUAUGACUUCUUCUCCAACAAUCUCAGUAGCGUCGUUAAAGAAUUCACGUUCUCAGUUGAUUUAUUCACGAAACGUCCGACACUGAACAAAGUGAAAGCAAAACAAAAUCUUAAACUUUAUAAAUUAGUUUCGAUUGAAGUUUAA